AUGCACAACAAGGUCGACCCUUUACCGGUCCGUUCUGACCCAUCAACCCAACCCAUGGCGCGACACCACUCCGCGAGCUACAUCGUUCAUCGGGUCAAAGAAAGUCUCACGACACGAGUCUCCAAACUUAUAUGUGCCAUUUGCUUAUCUCUUUUGCUAUGUUUAGGCAUUAUCACUUUCAUCUUAUGGAUCAGUCUACGACCACACCGACCGCGUUUCCAUAUCCGCGGGUUCUCGGUCUCGGGCCUCGACCAACCAGAAGGGUUCGAGACGUCUCAUAUAAGCUUCAAGGUAACGGCUCAUAACCCGAACCAAAACGUUGGUGUUUACUACGACUCCAUGGAAGGAUCCGUUUACUUCAAAGGAAAACGGGUUGGGUCGACUAAACUCACUCACCCGUUUUACCAAGGCCCAAAGAACACGAGCUUGAUCGAAGGAGCCAUACAUGGGCCCACAAUGGCGGUGAAUAAGGACCGCUGGAUGGAGAUGGAACGAGACAAGAAUCAAGGGAAGGUAGAGUUUCGUUUGGAGGUUGUGUCUCUCAUUCGAUUUAAGGUGUACACAUGGCACAGUAAGAGCCAUAGGAUGUACGCAAACUGUUAUAUUGAGGUCGGUCGAGAUGGCAUGUUGUUGAGUGGGACCAAAGACAAGAGAUGUCCGGUCUAUUUCAGUUGA